AUGGUUCGUGUACGGCGAAGAUGCAAUUGUCUAUGCAGUUUGAUAAGGAGAAGACACCUUGUUGUGUUUUUCCUUAUUGUGCUUUGUGCCCUUGGCCAGAGUAGUCAAUUUUCUGUCAUUAGCGUUGCUCAACAGCUUACCACCAUAAAAUUGGCUAGCCACAGUAGCAUCCUUAAUCUUGUUUCUCACUUUUCCCCCCGUACCAUACUGAACCUGUUCAAUCUGUUCGUCCUUCUAAAUCUACUCAGUGUAAUUAACAGAAUCGUCACUUCAAACCGCGGUGAGGAAAUAAAGAGUCGUCAUUACAAAGUAGAACAUGAUUUUCACAAGAAUGGGCAUUUAUUCCUAAGGGAUGGAAGUGGAAAGGAGGAAAAAGCUAAGAGGGGGAGUUGCACCACCUGGAUAUGUUCGUCAAAUGAGGCAUCCCUGGCCGGGAGCCCAUUCCACAAGGGAUCCACACUGCAACUAACAUUUUUAGAAGAUUCAGAAAAUUUUCAAGGGGGAAAGUUCCAAGGGGGAAAAUUUCAAGCGGGAAAGUUCCAAGCGGGAGAGACAAUACAGAGUUAUUACACACCAAGACAUUUAUCCCUCAUCGCGGGGGGGGAUGCACAGAAGCAGGUGGAAGGAAGUGUCCUUCAAGGGAAUGCACGCUCACUCCUGUCAUUGACAAGAACGAAGAAAAAUAAAAAAAAUGGUAAAGUGAAGAAAUCCAAAAAGAAGAAGAAGAAAAAAAAAAAGAAAAAGAAGAAAAAAAGAAAAAACAAGAGAAAAGAAAAAAAACAGAAAAGAAGAAAAAACAAAAAAAAGAGCAAAGGGAAAAACAAGAAAAAAAGACGAAAGAAGAAGAGCAAACGGAACCGAAAGAAGGAGAAAAAUCGGAAAAAAAUGAAAAAACGCCAAGAAAUGGAUGACCAGGCGGAGGAGGAUGAAUAUAUAAUCACGGAAAAACGUUCCAAGAAAAAGGCAAAGAGAGACGGCGACGACGAUUAUGAAGGCGAGCAGGAUGGAGAACAAGAUGGAGAACAAGAUGGCGAACAGGAUGGCGACGAAUACGCCUUGAAAAAGAAGAACAAAAGGGGAAAGAAGGGAAAGAAAAAAGGGAAGCGCAAAAAAGAGCUAAGCAAAAGCGAAAAAAAGAGCUCACUAAAAGGAGCGCGAAAAAACGAGCAAAAGAAAAAAGGACGAGGUGGGGAAGCGGAUGACCUAGGAGAAGAUGAACCCAUUUCGAGAAAUAAAAAAAGAAAACGAUCAGAAGAAAGUGACAAUCCUGACGAUCUGGACGAGGACGAAGAGCAUCAACCAAAAAGAAAAAUUGCGCGCACAGAUAUGGACAACGAUAACGAAAACAACAACAAGUACAAAAAGUCGGCGAAGAAUAAAAGUAAAAAAAAAAAAAAAAAAAGAAACAACGAUAACAAUACAACGCAAGAUGAAUUAGAAGAAAAAAAGACCGAACUGCAGGAGCUAAACGAUGUGGUCCAUGAACUAUCCUCCAAAAAGAAUCUCCUCCAAAAUGCAGAAAACCAAAUGGAGGAUCUGUUAAAGACAAUUCACUCACUAGAGACUAAGAAAUAG